UCUAACCCUAAAUCACCAUCUCCACUUCCUUCAACCGUCAAUGGAAACCCUAACUAUCUCCCAUCACCCUCUUCCGUCGUCUCUCCCUCGUACUUCCGUCCGCUCCGGCGUCUCCUCCACUCCUCGCUCCGUCACUCUCCUCCACCUCUCGCUUCCUCACUCUCAGAUGCUCUGCUCAAUCUCCAACCGCAUCAGGUGAGGGUGGAUUUUCUGUCGAGUGAUGGUAACGUUCUUGCGAGUACGAGGCAGCCGUGUAUGUUGCGGUUUAAAAGUCAGCCAAUUCGGCUUGUGUCAAAUUUCUUGAAGCUGGCUUCUCUUCUAACCAGAUAUUCGUCAGAAACACACACGUUGGAUAUGAAGUUCAGAGGAUAUAUUGAAAAAGACGUCCAUACUUCCGGUUCGAGGGUCGUCAUUGAACAACGUGCAGAAUUUGCAAGGAGGGGUAGUGUUCCUAAAAUAUACUCCGCGUCUUUGAAGAUAGAGUCUCGACUUCCUUUUGUAAAAAGGAAUUUGUGGUAUUCAAAGUGGUUGAUAUACAUGUGGAUUAGCGUUACGAUGUAUAUAAUGGAGUUGUUAUUCACACUUCUAUGUUGCCGGUCCAUCAUAUUUCCAUGGGAACAAUCUUUGGGUCGUGAUUUAGGUUCUUCAAAUGACGGUGUACCUCAGAACAAGCCGAACGCUUCAAGCUAGCUGCACUUAGAGAUUCCGAUAUGAUUGAUCAUCCUUUGUUCAUGGUAUGCAAUCAAACUCCUGCUCUACCACGUAUAAUCUUGAUGAUUAAAAAUGAAAAAAAAGUACUUCAUGUGAUUUUUGUAUUUUAAGAUUCAUUUGUGAUAUAUAUAACUUUUUAUUGCGAUUAUAUUAUCAACCUAGUUCGUUCUUAA